UUCUCCACCAAAGGGCCACCAACUUCGCAGCACCAAACAUGGACACAGGAUUUCGUAUUCAGAAAAUGAUCACAGAAGUGAAACUUCGAAAGGAGCAAGGACAUCUCAUAAUAUGGUGGAAAAGCAAUACCGUACAAGAUUGAAUGGCCAAUUCUCGACGCUCCUCAGUUCCCUUCCACCAGACGUCGUUGGAAAUGAAACUGAUAGUUAUGGGAGAGUCGACUCAGGAGCAGAAAAGAAAGUUAGCAAAGCAGAAGUCCUCGUCCUCGCCAAGAAGCACAUCGAGAACCUCGAACGGACCAAGAAGUCACUUGAGUGUGACAAAAAGGCCCUCAUGGAGGACGUUCAACGACUUAAAGGCGCUUAGGUCAGAAUGGGCGGUGACGUUAUGCCUUG